UGAGAAGCUGCAGAGCCGGCCUGAGGUGUGAUCAAAGUGGGACAGAAAUAAAAAUGGCAAGGAGAGGCUGAGAUCAGUUUAUUCAUCGGCACAGAUCAGCUUCAAGGUGGUGGUUCUGGAUCUUUGUUAGAAAAAUGUGUGCCAGACUUGGAUGCAAACGAAGAGACUUUCCUGAUGACGGAAAACAUUUUGCAAGUACCUGAAGAUGAAGACUAGCUGCAGCAAGCGCUUGGUACAGUGCUUUGCACACAUGUGAGGUUAAUGAAAUCCCAUUUCCCGAGAGACGGCUUUGGACCCGGAUAACUUUCCAAUGAGCUUACUUCGGUCUUGCUGCGGUUACCUUGAUUCUGGAAUAAUUUCCUGUCCUGGGUUGAGGAGCGCAGUUUGAUGCACCCUACAUUAUGGUUCAUAUCAAUCUGCUGAAAAAAUUGAUGUAUGUCCUCUUGGCUUUUCUUCUGUUCCUGACUAUUUGUUUGUGGAAGGAAACAAGGAAAGGCUAUUAUGUUUCUUUCAAGUCGGAGACAAGAGGUUUUCAGCUGCCUCGGACAUUGGGGAAGUGGGGGGGUGAGUUGAAUCAGGAUCUGGGCCCUAAGGGAAGGAUACAGGAACCAGUCCAAGAGGCCCAGCCCACCACCGCUCCGGGAGACAAAGCCAAGCCCAAGAAAGCCCUGAGCUCCCUCAAAGUCUGGAACGAAGACAAUUCUUCCAAGAAUCUCAUCCCGAGGCUGCAGAAGGUUAGAAAAAAUUACCUGAACAUGAACAAGUAUAAUGUGACAUAUACAGGGAAACGGCAAACCACGAAGCUCAGUGCAGGGGAGCUUCUCUGUCAGCUUCGGGACCGAGUGAACGUGACCAUGAUUCGAGAGACGGAUGUUCCCUUCAACACCUCCGAAUGGAAGACCUACCUACCGGAGGACGAGAUCAGUGGGAAAAUAGGGCAUUUGGGGAGAUGCGCUGUGGUGUCAUCCGCUGGGUCCAUGAAGUCAUCGCAUCUAGGCCCGGAGAUAGACAGCCACGAUGCCGUCCUGAGAUUUAAUGGUGCUCCUACAGAAGGAUUUCAGAAUGAUGUAGGAGAGAAGACAACAGUCCGCCUCAUUAAUUCCCAGCUAGUAACUGUGGAAGAGCAGCACUUUCUUAAAGGAAGUUUAUAUAAUAACGGGAUCCUAAUUGUGUGGGAUCCAUCCCCCUACCAUUCAGAAAUUCCUGAGUGGUACAAGAAACCUGACUAUAACUUCUUUGCAAACUACAAGCAAUAUCGCGAACAGCACCCUGAACAGCCCUUUUACAUCCUGAAUCCUAAAAUGCCAUGGGAACUCUGGGAUGUCCUUCAGGAAAAUUCCCCAGAAGAUAUUCAGCCAAACCCACCAUCCUCUGGAAUGCUUGGUAUUGUAAUCAUGAUGAACUUUUGUGACCAAGUGGAUGUAUACGAAUUUCUCCCUUCCAAACGGCAGACGGAUAUCUGCCAUUAUUAUCAGCGAUUUCACGAUAGCGCCUGUACCAUGGGCGCCUACCACCCACUGUUAUUCGAGAAAAAUCUAGUGAAGCACAUCAACCAAGGAGAUGAUGAGGAUAUUUACACCUAUGGAAAAGUCACUCUCCCCGGUCUCAGGAACAUCAGGUGCUAGUGUCCAGUCUUGGUGGCACUUCCAGAAUUCUCCUGAUUUGCCAAGAAGAAAAGGGGCUUUGUCCAAGUGGCCACCUCUGAAAACUGACAUUCUCUGAAAAUCAACUCCUCUCACAAACGUUUGAGUUAGAAUUGGCUAUUUGGGUCUUAGUUGUCCGGGACGUUAAAGUCUUAUAUACUGCUGUUCUAGUGUCCACCUUCUCAGAUUGAAAUCAUCGGAAUUGCCCAGAUGUGUCCUAAAAAGUAGCACAAUGACAACAUUCUCUCGGAUAUAAAAAAAAAAAGUGGCUAUGAGCUGGAAAAGCAUACACACAAACACAAACCUGCCCCCUUCCUUCUCCCUCAUCUCCACACCCGUCUUCACAACCACACAACUGUUCCUUUAUAACCCCAAACCCAUAUUGUUGGACAUGACAAGAGAAGAAACAUAAUUCACCCAGUUUUCUUAUAAUGCCAGGGUUGCCUUCUGGUAUGACCCUUGUAUUAAGAAACACUUGUACUGUCAAACUUCCUCAUUUUACCAUUUUACAGUUUUCUUCAGUUGGGCUCAUGUCACCAGAAGAAAGCAUCCUAAUUCACAAACAGUGUUCUAAAUAAUGAAUUCAUGCUUUAUGGCAGAACUGAGUAUACUGCAAAACUAUCACAAUAGUUGGAUAUUAUCUAUAAUCACCUUAAUAGUAAGUCCCUAAUGAAUGGCUGUUCUGGAUUUUAAUGGUGAUGAUUUGGAAAUGAUUAUGUUUGGCCUAAUCAUAUCUCCUUACUGAUUAGAUGAUGCACAUUCUAAAAUAUAUGGUAAUAAGCAGGGUAUACUUUUUAUUCCACACUUAUUUUUGUAAGAGUAAUGUUGUAAAUGAAUCAUGGUACACAUGGUUUGUAUCUUUUUAGUUUUAUAGAUAUAAGAUGUUGUCUUUCAUUUUCUCCACUCAAUCCAAGACCAUUCUCAAGGUUUUAGACAAUUGGCUGUGCCCUUCUAUAAGGGGAGCAUUGCACUCUUGAAGAAAUUCUCAUCAUUGUCCUUCUCAUCGUCCACACAGUCAUUUCUUUCAAAACCACCCCACAAUGUAUCCAGAUAGGUACAUUGGAAGAACAUUGCCUUAUUGAGUUGUCACCUAUUGCCCAAAAGACAUUGUGAAAGCAUGCUUUGUGGCAGAGGUGACUAUUUAAUAAUAGUUAUGGUAUUUGUUAAGCACUUACUGUGUGCCAGGCACUGUACUAAGCGCCGGGGUGGAUACAAG